AUGCAACAUUGCAGAGGUGUGUCAACAAGACAGUUCUACCACAGCCAGAGUGUUAAGGAACUCCGGGAAAACCUCAUCCAGGGGCCCAGCCAUCAAACUACCUCAGUGACCUUGACCCCAGUGAUGUUUGAGUUCUUCUACAGAAAAUGUGUCAAAUGCAGGGGAUGGUGGGACCAUGUUAACUGUUGGCCCCAUGCUGCAGUUGGAGAUGUUGUGUCUCAGCCAUGUCCUGGAUUUCUACACACCACUGGGCAAGUUUUCAGGAACUGCACAGAGCUUGGCUGGACUGAUCCCUACCCUCCACAUGAUAUAGCAUGCGAGUAUGGCUUUAAUGAAAGCCUUCCUCUAGAAGUGCACAGCUCCCAGAGGUACUUCCUGUUUGUGAGAAUCAUGUACUCUGUGGGUUACAGUGUUUCCCUUGUCUUCCUCAUCACAGCUGUUGCUAUUCUCUCCCUUCUGAGGAGGCUCCACUGCACACGCAACUUUAUCCAUGUCCAGCUCUUCCUCUCCUUCAUCUUCCGAGCCGUACUCAUCUUUAUUAGGGAUGCAGUUCUGUUCUCAAAUGAAGACAGUUUUCACUGUCACAUCUAUACGGUCAGUUGUAAAUUUGCCACUGUGCUGUCUAACUACUGCAUCAUGGCCAACUACAGCUGGCUGCUGGCUGAGGGCUACUACCUGUACAAACUUGUCAGCGCCUCGCUGUUCUCUCAGAGGAAACACUUGUCGUGGUACAUCAUCCUUGGCUGGGGUUCUCCAGUGAUUAUCAUGAGUGGCUGGAGUUUUGCUAAGUACCUCCAUGAAGAUGAAGGUUGCUGGGAGAUGAGAAGGAGUGAAUGGAUCUGGUGGAUUCUCAGACUUCCUGUUCUACUCUUCAUUAUAGUGAACUUGUUGUUCUUCCUGUGUAUCCUAAAAAUACUGGUGGCCAAGCUAAGGACACAAGACAUGCCCGGCAAUGAAUUCAAUCACUACAGGAAACUUGCCAAGUCAUCCUUCCUCCUGGUGUCGCUCUUUGGCUUACACUACAUUCUCUUUGCUUUCCUUCCACACAAAGUCCGCGGCAGGACCUAUGAAAUCUGGAACUUUAUUGAGCUGGCUUUUGCUUCUACUCAGGGAUUUGUCGUAGCGCUUCUGUACUGUUUCCUGAACGGGGAGGUGCAGAACGAGAUCCAGAGGAGGUGGCGGAGGUGGAAGAUGAAGCACCGCGUGCAGUUGGAGCACAGGAGGAAGUGCGGCAGCAUGAGCCAGAGCGGGGGCUCUGAGCGGGGCCCCACCAACAUCACUCUUCUAUUUAAAUCAGCCUCCACACCCGAGUCUGGUCUGGUGUAG